CAUCACUCGGGUGAGGGAAGUAGAGUAGGAGGAAGAGCUAGGAGGGGGAAAGAAGGACAAAAGAAGGAAAGAAGGGGACACUGCACUGUUUGUUUUCGUUUUUAUUGCUUUGUAUUAGAGAAGGAAAAGCCUGCCUUUCUCUUUAAAUGAAUGGAUAAAUCAUCGCAAACGGCUUCCAUCUUUAUUUUAAGGAAAACAGUGGGCCACGAGUUAGACGCUGGGGUUUGAAGUGAUUUGAGCGUUUGUGAUUUACUUUCUAAAGCAAAGUGAGACACGCGGUUUAUAGCCAUGCUUAUAGCGACUUGAUAGACUGUGAAAAGACCAAGCGAAUCAAACAUAUAAGUAACUUUAUAUGACUUUAGAAAUAUUACUAAGUAGCUGCCAAAUGCGAUUGAGUUCUGCGAGAAGGAAAAAAUAACAGCUCAGUUAGUGGCCUUUUAAAUCACAGUGCUCAACAAACACGGAGAAGAAAACCCGUUCCACAGUUUCAGCCAGUUAUUCACAGCAUAUUUGCGGACUAUGGCGGCGGUAACAAGUCCAGAAGCGAGCCAACAAGCUCGCGUGUACUUCCAGACGCCCCCCGGUUCAACCGAAGAAGCCGAGACCCCGGUCCGCAAGCAAGGACGGGUCACAGUGAAAUACGACCGGAAGGAACUGAGAAAGAGACUUAAUUUGGAAGAGUGGAUUAUUGAUCAGCUAACGGAUCUCUACGACUGUGAGGAGGAGGCGAUUCCAGAGCUGGAGAUUGAUGUGGAUGAGCUGUUGGACAUGGAGGAUGAUGUAGACCGUGCCGCAAGAGUCAAGGAACUGCUGGUAGACUGUUAUAAACCUACUGAAGAGUUUGUAGCUGAAUUGCUGGACAGGAUCCGUGGCAUGCAGAAGCUCAGUACUCCUCAGAAGAAAUGAAGCUUCUCCCACCUCCACCCUUCUUCAAUCAAUCUCAUCCCUCCUUUUCAAAUUUUAGGGGUGUGACUGUUCACCCCUGAGCAGGUGCUCAUCUAGUCCCAUUGCCUCUUCUGCAUCCAUUGGGGAGGAGGUGGAGGCAAAAUUAUGGGGGAUUCAAUCAGAUCCUUAUAAGCAGGGCUUAUUUUCUCAUUAUGUUGAUUUUAUUUGCAUUAUUUUAUUCUAUUUCACUUUUUUGUAAAGGGGGAAAGAUUUCAUUGUUUUUAAAUGUAUUUCAUGUUGGUAUACAUUACUGUGCAUACUAUUCUUUAGAUUCUAAUUUGGGAAUUUAGUUUUAAUUUGGUUUCAAAGCUCUCAAUGAACACAUGGACUAAAACCCUUUGUGAAACUGUGACAAUACUUGGUUUAAAAUUA